AUGGUGGUUAAGCUGGUAAACCACCUGGUACCGUUCCUGUGGGGUGGAGACCCCUUCUUUGCCCCGGCCUUUCUGGAUGUAUACCGAAGUUUCACUACCACACAGCAUGUGCUGGAUCUCCUGUUGAAAUGGUAUGCAGACUUCCACUCGGAUUGCAUAGAGGAUGAACUAGUAAAGAGUAUCCUCUGUUAUUUCCUGGACACAUGGAUAGACAAAUAUCCUGAGGAGUUUUGUCAGACCUCAGACCUGUCCAUUCUGAGAAAACUGAAGGCCUACUUGAUUGUGAACAUGUCUUACUCAGAUUUGAAUCUGCAGGUUCAUAAUCUUCUCAUGGAAUUGCAGCAAGAGUCCAAUGAAUCAGAGAUAGAGGAUGAAGACGACUCAGACCAAUGGGAUAGUGCUUUGCACCUCCAGUGUGGGCAUUCCCUCAUCAGUGAACCUUCCUCAAAAACUCCACCCCAGAACCCAGGUGCACUUCACCAAGCUCCAGAAUUUUCUGAAUGCACUCAGGUCUACAGUGACAUUGAAUGUGAAGCAUACAGAAGGUUACUCACAGAGUACUGGAUCCAUCAACUCUCUUCAUCAAGAUUUGCUGACAAGACCCGGAGCGGCCUCAAAUUCUGUAACAUCCAAUGGCUCCGAAGAAGUAGAGGUGUGAGUGUGUGGAGGUGUGCGGGAGGGUCGGAGCAUCCUGGUGUAUUGUCUGGCAGAAGCAAGCCCUUAGAGGAGAAGACUAUGGUAAAUGAGCAGUUGCCUCAUGGGAACAUGGAAAGCAUGAGACCUAAGAGACAGCGAUGCCUUCCAAAGCUUAAUGUGACACAUGCUGGAAUCUGGCCAUGGAUAGAAACGGAGGCAAAAACUUGGAAUGAGUUGAAAGAAUCACUAACAAUACUAAAAGCUGCCAAGAAGAUGCGCUGUAGGAUUCAGAGGGUUGAACUUGAAAAUGCUAACUUAGUCAUCACAAUUGAAAAACAAGCAAGAGAAAUGAAAGUGCUUCGUGAAAAACUGUUAGAUGCAGGAAUCAACGUGGUGGAAGCAGCACGGGAGGGAGAACCAGGGGAGAAGAGGGAGGAGACUUGCAAGUGUCCAGAGCGGUCAUGUUCAAAUCCCGAGGGGGAAAUGCGGUGGAAGACCUCUUCAAUGGUGGCUCUUGUAGGGCCCCACCCUGAGUGCCCUCAAGGUCCAUAUCUAACAAGUAGCACCAUGGGGCCACAAGGAAAUGUGCUCCAGCCCUCCCAAUGCCCAGAAGCCAGCUGUGAAUGCAUGGAAAAUCCUAGGAGCUGGUCUCAGGAUAAGGAGAAAGCUCAUCUUGAACUGAUCAGCUCGGUCCGUUCUCUACUCUGUGCUCUGCAUCAAGAAACCAGGAGGACUAAAAAGCUACAAAAAGAGCUAGCCGAAAUGAAGAAGAUCUUUAACAUGCCCCCACAGGAAGGGCAUGGGCAUGAAGGCAGAGGACAUAGUUUUCGUGAGGUUUCAAAAGUCAGUCAAGCUGAAAUGGGUGUUCCAGUUGCCAUGCGAAGGCUUGAGGGAGAAGCAGCAACUGCAGAAAACUUCAUGUGCACUCAUGAGAGCCCAAAUGUCUCGUACCUAACUCAGAUGGAGCUCGAAAUGAAAAGUAUUGAAUCUGCCAUUGCAGAAGUGAAUACCCAGGAAUGCUUGGUUAAAAAGGAGCUGGAAGUAACUAAGCAGCUCUACCGAGGAGAGUUAGAGCGCAUGGACAGCAUGUCAUUGGAGGGAGCCACAGCAAGAGACGCUUGGGCCUUGCCACAAAGGCACAGUCGCAGAGAACCCAGCUCAUGAUACUUGUAGAUUACGAAAGAAACUGUACAGUGUAAUUCUGGAAAAUAUGUUGAUAAAUGAGCUUCCUCUAAAAACGCUAGUCCAGGACAGUUUGUUAUCCUCCAUUUUUCAUUACAUAUGCCCAUGCCUACCUUAAUAUUCCUACAUAGUUGAUUUAAUCAAUUUGGUCUUGUUUAAGGAAAUGUCUAGGUAACAGUUUGUUUUAUUAUAAGUUGUAUAAUUGUAGGUUAAUUUUCAGAGUUCUCACAAAUGUAAACAUCAAAAGUUUAACUGUUGGGAAGAGUAUAACCUAAACCCAAGCCCUCGAGUGAUCCUGACACUCACUACUCUGGGCACAUUCUGGCAUUGGCAAUUUAACAUUUGUGUGAUAUUUGUUGUUACCACUAGAGGGAGCCUGCAGAGGUACUGCCAUUUGGAGUCUCUCUCCCAGGAUACAUUGUUGGAAUACAGGAAAGGACCAACAAAGGAGUUGAAGUACCAGAACAUCCAGGGUAGUUAGAAUAAUUCCUUGUUCAGUGUGGCCAACAGAAAGGGCAGUCCACCUUGAUGGCUUGGGAAGGAUGUGCUAAUAGCCCUAGAACUUGUCACUACAUUGGACCUCAAGUUCUUGUUUUUGUUCAGAGUGGUUCCUGAGAUCCAAACACUUCCAGCCUACAAGUGGAUGAACAGAUAAACAGAACUGAUACUGAUAGUUUUCCUUGGAGAGUUUUAAAAAUGCCUGCAGCUUAGUUUAAUAAAUACAAAUAUUGUUGGACAUUU